GUUCAGUGAAUCAAGCAUCCCCACCAGAGAAUAAGUUUGUUGAAGGGUCGAGGCAGCAUCCACCGGCGGCCACCACAACCACACUCCAAUCGAGGCACAAUGGCCAAGAUCAAGAAGAAGGGCCAGGCCGGCCAGGCCAAAAACUACAUUACGCGCACGCAGGCGGUCAAAAAGCUGCAGAUCAGCCUACCUGACUUCCGCAAGCUCUGCAUCUGGAAGGGCAUCUACCCGCGCGAGCCCCGGAACCGCAAGAAGGUGUCAAGGUCGUCUACCCCAUCCACCACGUUCUACUACACCAAGGACAUCCAGUAUCUUCUGCACGAGCCGCUGCUGCAAAAGUUCCGCGAACAAAAGGUCCUCGAGAAGAAGAUUUCGCGCGCCCUCGGCCGCGGCGAUGUUUCCGACGCCGCCCGUCUCGAGCGCAAUGCUGCCCGCCCUGAAAAGACGGGCAAGCCGCGCUACACGCUCAAUCACGUCAUCCGCGAGCGCUACCCGACAUUCAUUGAUGCCCUCCGCGACCUGGACGACUGCUUGUCCAUGCUCUUCCUUUUCGCCAACCUUCCGUCGACUACGGCGGUGCCCGCCAAGAUGAUUGCGCGCUGCGAGCGCCUCUGCCUCGAAUUUCAGCACUAUCUGAUCGUCUCACACAGCCUCCGCAAAUCCUUCCUAUCGAUCAAGGGCAUCUACUACCAGGCCAACAUCCAGGGUGAAGAUAUUUUGUGGUUAGUGCCCUACAAGUUCAACCAGAGGGUUGUCGGAGAUGUCGACUUUCGCAUCAUGGGAACAUUUGUCGAAUUCUACAUGACCCUGCUCGGCUUCGUCAACUACCGGCUAUAUACCUCUAUUGGACUCAAAUAUCCGCCCAAGUUCGACGCGGCCAAGGAUGAUCAGGCCGCCGAACUUGCCGCCAUUGCCCUCGAGGGCGUCAAUCUGGCUACAAACAAUGAACCCAAAGCCAUCACGAACGGCGAGGCGGAGCAAGGCCCCGACCCCAAGGUGCAGGCCGAGGUCGAUAAGCUGGUGCGGGAGCUGAGAGACGAGGCAAACGCUAGCAAGGACUCUGAGAAGACCGCCGAGGAAGGCCAGGACGAAGACGGGGAGACUGAUGAGAAGCCCAGUGAUGCCCUUGACAAGUUUGAGCCAGUCGCGCCCGGCGGCGACGUUCUCCCUCAGCCUUCAUACAGCAACAAUGAUCCAUCUCAAUUAUUCUCCAGGUUUACGUUCUACCUCUCACGCGAAACGCCGCGGCAGCCGCUAGAAUUCAUUCUCCGUGCAUUUGGAUGCAAGAGGAUAGGUUGGGACUCGGUACUCGGCGAGGGCGCGUUCACAACAGAUGAAUCAGACCCGUCAAUCACGCACCAAAUAGUUGACAGGCCCGUGGUCCAGGCGGCGAUGAGUGCGGAGGGUGAUGGCGAGGAUAACCAGACGGCGCAGAAGCUAGAACCGAACCACCGGUACCCUGGGAGAGUGUAUGUGCAACCACAGUGGGUGUGGGACAGUAUCAACGACGAGGAGUUGAAGAGCCCAGAGCUCUAUGCUCCUGGCGCGCCGCUGCCCCCGCAUCUCAGCCCGUUUGUCAAGCCUACACAGGGGCAGUACGAUCCUACUGUCCCUCUGGAGGAGCAACAAACAGAAAGGGAGGCCAUCGACGCGGAACUCGAAGAUGCCAACGCAGAGGAGCGGAGUGGCGACGAGUCCGAAGUUGAAAACGACAUGGAUGUCGCUUCCGAAGGGGAUGACGAAGAGGCGGAGGAAGACGACGACGAGUUUGGCGGGUUCGACGAAGAAGAGGAGGAAGGCUCCGAAGAUGAAGAAGAGUCGGCUGUGCUGCAGCGACAGCGCGAGCUCGAGGCUGAGAUUUCGGGCAAAUCGGUCAAGAGCAAGCAGACCGAUGCCAAGACCAAGGCAAAGUUGGAGGCCAAGAAGGCGCUCGAGCGGAAACAGCGGCAGGAGGCCGAGGAUCUGGAGCGGGCCAAGGGCAUGCUCAGCAAGAAGAAGCGCAAGCUGUUUGAGCAGAUGCAGUACACCAACAACAAGAAGAGCGCCGAGGACAUGAAGCUGCGGGCGAAGCGGAGGAGAUUGGAAAAGGAGAUGGCGGCGAAGAAGACGUAGCUUAUACUUGGGAGGGUUUGAGUAUUAAGAUGAUACCUUCAGAUAAUUCGUCGUCCCGAGCAAUAUUGUAUCACAUCGGCGCCCGGUCAUCCCGGCCCCUGAUUCUGACUUACACUUAGAAAUACAAAAGGGAGAGACAGAGAGCGUGCUUUCACUGUAGGGUUAGGGUUAAAGCGGUUUGCCUGCCUCUGGUAAAUCU